AUGAUGAAUUUCUUUUCUCCUAAGAAUGAAGCACAACCCCAUGAGCAGCCGGCGAGGCCGCGACCCACCACGAGUGGGUUCUUCCCUACUCUUACCACACACACUGCGACCCCUACAACGGCGCUAAGUGAAAAUUCCUAUGCUAUGGGUACGACGGGGCUGAAUGCAGAGAGCCAAGAGGAUCUUCGCACUCACAUGAAAGCAAUAAACCGGAAGGGCUCGUAUUCGGAGAAAGGUCGUGUUCACGAGCCGCACCUUACCGAACAACAACAACCAGGAUUUGGGGACACCACAGAAUCCCUGGCCAAUCCGUCACGACAGUCAGAGAUGAACAGUACAUGUUCAUCCGACCGUUCUCCUACUAUGGAGAUGCCUUCUGGGCUUACUGAUACAGAUGCUCCUGAAACUAAUAUUCCUCGAGGAAAACUAAAAGUGACUAUUGUACAGGCCCGUGAUAUAAUAACUUACACAGAGCAGACGCAGCCUUAUGUCGUUUGUACAUACGAGAGUUCAGAAUUUAUCUCCAGUGGACCUGAAUCGAUGGAGAAGAAGCCCGCGCUGAACAACUCCGGUUGGGCCAAUAUGAUGCCACCGAUUAGUGAAAAAGGAGUCCGGUCUUUAUAUACUACACAAUCAUCUUAUCAGUUGGACAAGCUGUCUUCAUGCCACCAGGUAAAUACAGCAUCGUCUAACCCUAUAUGGCACCAUGAGACCACUUUUGAUGUUCUCGGUGGUCACUCAGAACUUGAUAUAUCUGUGUACGAUGCGGCACACAACGAUAUGUUUUUAGGUCAGGUGAGGUUGCGUCCUAACACGUAUUCCUCGCAUGCAACACACAACGAAUGGUCGAAACUACAGACUCGUACUGUUGGUGAAACUGUUUCUGGUGAAAUAUUGAUUAAAUGGGAAUACUCUGAUACUAAAAAAAGACACUACGGUCCUCAAGAUUUUGAGGUUUUAAGGUUAUUGGGUAAAGGAACCUUUGGACAGGUUUACCAGGUUAGAAAAAAAGACACGAAAAGGAUUUAUGCUAUGAAGGUUUUGUCCAAGAAGGUCAUUGUUAAAAAGAAUGAAAUAGCGCAUACCAUUGGAGAAAGAAAUAUAUUGGUGCGCACGGCUUCUAAGUCUUGUCCCUUCAUUGUUAGUUUAAAGUUUUCCUUCCAAACACCAACUGAUCUCUACCUCGUUACAGACUUUAUGAGCGGGGGUGAGCUAUUUUGGCACCUUCAAAAGGAAGGAAGGUUUACCGAAGAUCGCGCAAAGUUUUACAUCGCUGAAUUGGUUUUAGCGUUAGGUUAUCUACACGAUAACGAUAUUGUUUACAGAGAUUUGAAACCUGAAAAUAUUCUACUUGAUGCUAACGGAAACAUAGCACUUUGCGACUUUGGUCUCUCUAAGGCUGACCUUAAAGAUCGUACGAAUACUUUUUGCGGAACAACUGAAUAUUUGGCUCCCGAAUUGCUUUUGGACGAAACCGGCUACACGAAAAUGGUUGACUUCUGGUCACUAGGUGUAUUGAUGUUUGAAAUGUGCUGCGGUUGGUCUCCCUUCUUCGCUGAAGACAAUCAGAAAAUGUAUCAAAAAAUCGCUUUUGGUAAAGUAAAAUUUCCCCGCGAUGUCUUAUCAUCAGAAGGGCGUUCCUUUGUCAAGGGCCUACUGAAUAGAAACCCCAACCAUAGACUUGGUGCUAUUGAUGACGCAAAGGAACUUCGAGCGCAUCCUUUCUUUCACGAUAUCGACUUCGAGGCACUACGUAAAAAGAAGAUUCCGCCCCCUUUUAAGCCACAUCUUACCUCCGAAACCGACACUUCAAACUUCGACCCAGAAUUCACUCAGUCAUCUACGUCAUUCAUGAAGAAGCAACCUAUCGCUGCCACCCCACUUUCCCCAGCUAUGCAGGCCAAAUUCGCUGGGUUCACUUUCGUCGAUGAGUCCGCCAUAGAGGAACACACUGCAGCAUACAACAACCAGAAAUUCGUGCAGAAUUCCUACUACAUGGAAAGAGGUUCUUUCAUACCUGGGGACACUACUAUGCCUCCGGAUGAAGACGUUAUCGAAGAUGGCGACGACGAUUCCAUGGAUGUCAUGGAUAAGGGCAAUAACGAGCACCACAUGGAUGAUGAUUUUGUGAACGGGCGAUUCGAAAUAUGA